AUGGUGCAAGAUCCAGAUCAAGACAAAAAGAACCUAUUGAACCAAAGCACUACGCGCGCUCCUGACCAGAUAAAGGAUGAUGAACGAUCAGAUAUCGGAUUGAGACAACCGAACCAAAACGAGAUACGUCUGGGAAGAUUGGCAACCAUUGGUGCAACUAGGAAAGUGGGUGGCGAGUCACUAACACCUGUUCUUUCGCGGGGGCGAGAGCAUUCGGCUUCGCCAAGAACUUCGCUAGCUGGACUCGGCAGUGGCGGUCCCAACGAAGGAGCUGGAGGGCCCCUGCAAGAUCAUGGCCAUCUCUACGUGAAAGAAUCGUACUUGACUGGAAGGGCGUUAUUGUAUUUUACGUCGAUAUUUGUUUCUCUCGGGGUUUUCUUAUUUGGAUACGACCAGGGUGUUAUGUCGGGAUGCCUAACUGGACCCUACUUCAAAGAGCAGUUUGGUAACCCAUCGAGGGCGAUGAUUGGAAACAUGGUUUCCAUAUUAGAAGUUGGUGCAUUUAUAUCCUCACUAAUGGUGGGAAGGUUGGGUGAAAAAUGGGGACGUAGACGUACUAUAAAAUAUGGAUCUAUAGUUUUCGUUAUUGGUGGCCUUUUCCAAGGAUUUGCGCAGAGUAUGCUUCAUUUAAUUAUCGGAAGAUUAAUAAGCGGACUUGGUGUUGGUUUACUAAGUACAAUUGUUCCCAUUUAUCAAUCCGAAAUUUCACCACCGCACAACAGAGGCAAGCUAGCCUGUAUUGAAUUUACUGGAAAUAUUGUCGGAUAUGCUGCAAGUGUUUGGAUAGACUACGGUUGUACUUUCAUCGAAGGAAAUCUUUCUUGGAGGAUUCCCCUCCUAAUACAAUGUGUAAUUGGAUUUGCUUUGUUUUGCGGUACGUUUGUUAUCGUUGAAACUCCAAGAUGGCUCCUUAAUCACGAUCAUGAUGUGGAAGGUCUGAUUGUGAUUGCAGAUUUGCAUAGCGGUGGUGAUGUUCAGGACCAAAAGGCCAAAGAUGAGUUCCAUUCCAUAAAGGAAACUGUUAUAAUUUCAAGAAUGGAAGGUGAAGGUAAAUCGUACACCAAAGUCUUCAAACGUUAUACAAGAAGAGUUUUGAUUGCAAUGAGUUCACAGAUGUUCGCACAACUGAAUGGUAUAAAUGUCAUCUCGUAUUACGCUCCAUUGGUUUUUGAACAAGCUGGGUGGGUCGGUAGAGAAGCAAUAUUGAUGACGGGUAUCAAUGGUAUAAUCUACGUGUUGUCAACUUUACCCCCAUGGAAACUGGUUGAUACUUGGGGCAGAAAACCGGUUUUGAUGAUCGGGGGUUUCUGCAUGGGAUGUGCAUUGGUGUCGAUUUCAGCCUCCUUAGUUGCAAAUAUCCAUGCAACACCUCAUUUGGUCGUUAUAUUUGUUAUCAUCUUCAAUGCAUUUUUUGGGUUUAGUUGGGGCCCAAUUCCAUGGCUGUAUCCCGUCGAAAUAGCACCUCUGAGUGCUCGUUCGGCUAUGGCUUCCGCAUCCACCGCCACGAACUGGUUUUGUAACUGGCUGGUUGGCAUAUUGACACCAAUUCUGCAAGAGAAAAUCUCCUGGAGGCUUUAUCUAAUACACGCCACUUCCUGUUUUCUAUCGUUUGCCGUGGUGAUGAAAGUCUAUCCCGAAACUGCUGGUUUGCGUCUAGAAGAUAUGGAUUCAAUAUUCGAUGAUAGAUCUUCCACGUUCAGUUUUGCAAGAUCCUCGCAUACGGUGACAGACUACGACGGCCUAUCUACAAAGAGCAAUAUUAUUAAUACAACGGGCCCCGUCCCCGACAGACAAAACGUGUUACAACCCGCGUCGUCCUCGCACAUAGGCCAGCAAUACCCACAGCACCAACAGCCCGUUGCGAGAAGCAACCAGAGCUUCAAGUCUACAACAAAUUUUGGAAACUUAGAUCCACCCACCGUGGAUGAAGUCGUUCGCUUUAAAUUGACACAACAAAACUCUCGAGGGCUCAAAACGACAAUAAGAAGAGGUUCCGAGAAUCUGUCCCUUUUCAUCAACAAGGUUAUUCGUCUCGGUAAAUUCGAAAACAAUGGAAAUGCCGCGUACGGCGCAAUUCCACCGGACGAUCUAGAGUCUGCAUCUCGUUUCGACUCUCAGUCCUAA